AUGGAAACUGACCGAGAAAUAACUGAACCACUACAAAUUCUGGACGAAAUGCGAUCUACCGGUCAGUUGUGUGAUACUAUUCUCCGGACCCAUGAUUGUGGGAAGUUUUUGAUUCAUUCCGCUGUGUUGUCAGCCAGUAGUCCAUAUUUUAAGGUUCUUUUCACAAACACCUUGGGUACUCCUCAUAAGAAGGAUAUUCUCAUACCUGGGAUAACAGCGGAUUUGUUACAACUUAUUAUUAAGUACGCCUAUACACGAGUGACUUGGGUUACCGUGGGUAACGUCGACGUCCUUCUUCCCGCAGCUGAUCAGUUCAAUGUCAUCGGAAUGGUCAAAGAUUGUAGCCAGUUUUUAAUAGAUAACAUGGAUCUUGAAAACUGUAUUGGAAUUCGGCAGUUCGCCCAAGUAUACGGUGUUUUAGAUUUGGAAAAAAUAACAACCCAAUUUUUGAUGAAAGAAAUUGUACAAGUCUUAGAAACUUCCCAAGAGUUUCUAGAACUUCCUGCAGAAGAACUUGUAGACAUAUUUGCAGCUGAUGACUUAAAUAUUUGCCAUGAAGAAGACCUUUGGGAAGCCAUUGUAAAAUGGAUUGACAACGAUCCGGAGGACAGAAAACAUGAUUUGUUAAGACUAAUGCAAUGUGUCCGAUUUGGCCUUAUGGAUGUUACAUUCUUCAUCAAGAUGGUCAAAUAUCAUCCACAUGUCACAGAGCAAAGUAACUGCCGACCUCUGAUCAACGAGGCACUCACUAUCCUGUGGGAUCAACGACAAGAAAAACCCUUGAUAGACACGAAACUAAUUUCUCCACACCUGAUUCGUCCCAGGUUCCCCCAUGAGGCGCUGUUCAUCUUUGGUGGUUGGAAUCGUAGGAAUCUAAUCAGUUUGAUAGAAGCGUACGAUGUUAGAGCCGACAGGUGGAUUCAGCUGGACAUCAAUGACCCAGCAGGACCGCGAUCUUAUCAUAAAAUAGCCGUGUUAGGAACUGAUGUCUACGUCAUUGGUGGUUUCAACAGUGUUGACUAUCUGAACACCGUCUGGUGUUGGAAUAUAGUUAGCAGACAUUGGAGAGAAGUGGCCCCCAUGCAUAUGAAAAGAGCCUACGUUAGCGUUGCAUUGCUAAACGGUAUGAUCUACGCUGUAGGAGGACACAACGGUCGUCGGCGACAAGAUUCAGCCGAGAAAUACAAUGAAACAGCAAAUCAGUGGACAGUGAUUCAAAAAAUGAAUUAUCCAAGAAGCGACGCAAGUGCCACCGUUUGGAACAGUUAUAUUUUCAUCGCAGGUGGUUUUGAUGGCUUUGACUGUAUAUCUUCAGUGGAAUAUUAUGACUCCAUGAGUGAUCAAUGGACGUUGGUUCGUCCAAUGACCACUGGAAGAAAAGGAUGUUGCUGUGCCACGUACAAUAAUAUGGUGUAUGUCUUGGGGGGUUGUGAUGGGAGCUCCAGACUAACUACAGGGGAAAAGUUUGACCCAAUGUCUAACACUUGGUCAGAAGUACCGGAAAUGUACACUUCAAGAUCUAACUUUGGAAUGGAGGUUAUCGACGACAUGAUCUACGUCAUAGGUGGCUUCAACGGAUUGUCAACUAUUGUCAACGUAGAAUGCUUUGAUUGGAAGACAAACGAAUGGUACCAUGCCACGGAACUCCGUUUUGAUAGAUCAGGAAUGGCAACUUGUGUGAUUUCUGGUUUAGAACACAUCCGAGAAUACUUGUACAAAAACCGAGAAAAUCUUUUGGAAGAGAACCGACAAAAACUUGUGGGCGUGUCUCCUUAA